GGCGCGCGAGCGGUGUGGUGUAUACAUGUGGUUGAACCUGACUUUGUGCCUCACUCUGUCCAACGGAAAGAAAUAAAACACAGAACCGGGAUGAAUAAAGUUGCCGAAACUGGAUUAAGACUCGUGUUUCGAGGGGGCAACAUAAAAUUGGUGUUUCCACCCGGUCCUACACUGAUUGGAUUUCCGGAUGGUCGAGGAUUGUGCUGCUAUCGGUCGAAGACACACGUCAGCGAAGCCACCCUCCAGGACGGACGGAGAGCGACUUCGCUGCAGUGGAGGCCACUGGCUUCAGAGGGCAGCAGAUGAUGGACCUCACCGUGGUCCACAGCUGGAGCAGAGAGGGCGCUCCAGAGGAAGGUGGGCAGCUGGGAUCCAGAGGCGAGAAGCUACUUGGAGGUCCAUCCUGAGAAGGAGAGGAAGAGGAGGACAGCUCCAGAGCAGGAGGAGAGGCAGAGGAGGCUGGUGGCUGGACUUCACCUGCAGGACCUGUCAGCACCCGGGAGAGUGAUGGCCACGCCCCUCCCUGGAGGCUCGACCUCUCGCUCUGCCAAGGUCACUCCACCAGUCACCGAAUUAAAGCCCAUUGAAGAUCUGCUUCCAGAGCUGCUCCUCAGGCCGGAGCACCUGGAAGACCCGGGAGUGGAGAAGCGGACGGGACACGCCCCCUGGACCACAGCAGCACCUCAGACCUCUGAAACUGUGGCUCAACCUGAGGCUGAGGAGCCAACGGCAGCCCAGCGCUCCAACCACUCGGUCGGUCGACCUUCCUCAGCCGGAGCAGAAGACGGGAGUCAGAGGCAGAAGGUCCAGGUCAGCAGGCCCCAGACGGACCACAGCAUCCAGCGGACCACAGAGGCCCCUUUCCCCUUCUUCUCAGACGACGACUGCCCCCCCGACUGCUCCUGCUACGGACGUGUGGUCCAGUGCUCCGACAGACGAGUGGAGCAGGUCCCCUACGGCAUCCCGUCCAACUCCCGCUACAUCCUCCUGAUGAACAACCACAUCCAGGGCAUCCAGCUGGACCUCCUGAAGCACCUCUCCUCUCUGGAGUUCCUGCUGCUCAGCAACAACCGCCUGACCGACGGUGCCAUCGCAGACGCCUUUGACGGCGCCCCCGCUCUCAAGCGCCUCUUCCUGGACGGGAACCUCCUGGCCAGCGUCCCGGCAGGUCUCCCGGUCUGGAGGAGCUGCGUCUGGAGGGUAACCAGCUGAGGGCCGUGUCAGAAGGAACAGGAUGGUGAAGGUGGCGCCGGGUGCCUUCAGGUCUCUCUCCGCCCUGCAUCAGCUGGAGCUGUGCCACAACCACCUGCGGCAGGUUCCUCGGCAGCUGCCUCCCGGCCUGCGCUCACUGGCGCUCACCCACAACCGGAUCCACAGCGUGUCCCCCGACGCCUUCUGCUGGGGCCAGGUGGCUCUGAGCGGCCUGCUCCAGGUCCGGCUGGAGCACAACCUCAGCCACAUGGGCCGGCUGGACUCCCGGGCCUUCAGGUGCUUGAGGGGCCCGCAGAUCCUGCGCUUCUACUGAACUCU